AUGGGAACUUGGAACAUUAGAGGUUUGAACGGGAAAGAAGAAGAACUUUUGGAUGAAUUUGAAAAACUGGGUUUGAAUAUUCUGGCAAUAACGGAAACCAAGAAAAAAGGUCGUACAAGUAUGGAACAAAGAGAUGGGCAUCUCCUGAUUCUAAGCGGAGUUAAAGUAGAAGAACGGGCACAAGCGGGAGUGGGAUGCCUAAUAGAAAGAAACAUAGUGGAAUUUGUAAAAAAAUGGGAGUUUUAUUCGGAAAGAAUUCUUAAGUUGGAGAUUGAGACGGAUAAGAAGCAAGAGAUUAAUAUAAUAAUUAUUUAUGGACCUAACGAAGAUGAUAGAGCUGCAGUAAAGGAUGAAUUCUGGGCAGAAGUAACGGAAAUAGUGGAUAAUGCAAAAGACAGAACGAUUAUACUAGGGGACCUUAAUGGUAGAGUAGGACGAAGGCUUAAUGAUGCCGAAAAUGUAAUAGGAAAACACGGAGAAAAUAUAAGAAAUAAAAAUGGAAGAAGGAUAAUCGAAUUUUGCACCCAAAAUAACCUGCUUGUAAUGAACACGUUCUUCCAGCAUAAGGAAAUUCAUAAAUAUACUAGAGUACUUGAAAGUAGAAAUGAAAAAUCUAUCAUAGAUUAUGUUUUAAUUAAUAGAAACUUUAGACACGUAAUACAGGAUGUAAGAGUGAAAAGAGGGCCUGAAAUUAAUAGUGAUCACUUUUUAGUCCAAGCGAACACGAGCAUUGGUUAUACUAAAGACAGAGCUGGAGAAAAACCUAAUUCACCAAAGAAAGCACCAAAAGUAAAAUUAAGAACAUACAAAUUGAAUAAUCCUGAAGUAGCACGAGACUAUAGAAAUAUAAUAGAAGAAAUGAUAUAA